AUGACAGCCUCCGUGCUCCUCCAUCCCCGCUGGAUCGAGCCGGUCAUGUUUCUCUACGACAACAGCCUGGAGGAGAUCAACAAGAACAUGGAAGCGGGAUUCCACGCGGCGGCCGCGGCCGCGGCUGCAGGCUCCAACUUCGUGGCGGCCAACCAGUGCAGGAAUUUGAUGGCUCACCCAGCCUCGCUGGCCGGUCCGGGCAGCGCCGCCGCCUCCGCCGCCGCAUAUCCGUCGAGUGAAGCACCCAGCGCAGCCGGGAUGGCAGAGACCGGGGCAGCUGUCAAGCAGUGCAGUCCUUGCUCGGCCGCCGUGCAGGGCUCCUCGGGCCCCGCCGCCCUGCCCUACAGCUACUUCAGCGGCGGCUAUUUCCCCUGCAGCGUCAACCACCACCACCACCACAACGCCUCGCUCAAAUCCUGCGCCCAGCCCGCCUCUUCCUCCUUCGCCGACAAGUACAUGGAGACGUCUGUGGCGGCUUCCAGCGAAGACUUCCCUUCGCGCGCCAAGGAGUUCGCCUUUUACCAGGGCUACGCCGCCGGACCUUAUCAACCCAUGCCGGCGGGCUACCUGGAUAUGCCGGUGGUGCCCACGAUCGGCGGCCGGGGCGAGCCUAGGCACGAUUCCAUGCUGCCCGUGGAAAGCUACCAGCCCUGGGCCAUCCCUAACGGCUGGAACGGGCAGGUCUAUUGCCCCAAGGAGCAGAACCAGCCGCCCCACCUGUGGAAAUCCGCUCUGCCGGAUGUGGUUUCACAUCCUUCCGAUGCCAACUCCUACAGGCGUGGAAGGAAGAAAAGAGUGCCUUAUACAAAAGUUCAGUUAAAAGAACUGGAGAGGGAAUAUGCUACAAAUAAAUUCAUUACCAAGGACAAGAGAAGAAGGAUAUCGGCUGCUACAAAUCUCUCAGAGAGGCAGGUCACAAUUUGGUUCCAAAAUAGAAGGGUGAAAGAAAAAAAAGUCAUCAACAAAUUGAAGACAAGCAGUUAA